CCCUUCCUCGAACCUAUCCGUGAUCAAAAGUCUCCUUAACUCGCCCUUCCCCCACUCCCUCUAUAUACGUAUGGGUUGCCAUCCCUGCAGGGACUGGAUCCUCUUAUUCUUCUUGCAUUCUAAUAACGCAAAGGAAACCCAAGAAAAAGAAGGAGAAAGGCAAAGAGCGAAGGAGGAAACUGAGAUCUAAUUAGGCUUGUUCUUUUUUUACUUCUGAGGAGAAAUAGGAAAAGAGAGAUGGGGAAUUGCAUCGACCGCGAGAAGGCGGUGACGUGGGUAGACGACGAGGACUGGGAGUUGGAAGAGAGCCCCAUGCAAUAUUGUUCAGUGAAGGAGAAGGCUCGAGCAGCGGUUCAGAAGGAGGAGAAGGGGUUGUACGAGGGGGAGGGAGGGGUAGGUUCGACCACAGAGGUCAAGGUGAAGAUUACCAAGAAGCAGCUAGAGGAGCUGCUGCAAAGAGUUGAGGGGAAAGGAUUGCCGAUCCAACAAGUCCUGAAAGAUCUAUUGAGCAUGGAUGAAGUUGCUCUUCAAGAGCGUGCACGGCACUGGAGACCAGCCCUACAAAGUAUACCGGAGUUCCCUGAGUAAAGAAGGAUGAUGGCAUGGGCUUCAUGAUGAUGAGGGUGAUUUUCUUUUAUUAUUAUUAUUCCUUUUUCUUUUGGGGGGGUUGUGUAUUAUUUUGGCCGUAGGUGGCAUCCUUUUUAACUCCAUUUCUCCUCGAAGGGUUAGUUCGUAGAUUUUAGGCUAGGUGAUGUAAAUUGCGGAGGAGGAAUGGAGCUAGAAGGAUUUCCAUUUGGUUUUUUGCCCUUCUUGAUAUUGUACACAUAUAAUUUGAUUUACGUAUAUUAUCACAUAAUAAAUAUUAGGUCCUCUCUC